GAGGAAUGACGUCACUUCACGAUCGGAAAUGGCGCCUGUAUCAAAUCUGCGGGAGUUGAUAAGUUGAAGUUGUCGAGCUUGUUUUAAUCAUGGAGCAGGAAACAAGGAAACUAGUGAAGAAACUGACACAAUUUCAGGAGGGUUCAGAGAAUUUUAGACGGACCUUUCAGUUUGUGCAGUCCAACUUCAGAUUCCAUCGCUAUCUGGAUCCUGACAGUCACAAAAUCACCAGAACAUUGAGUGGAAUCAGAGAGAAAUUGUUGAUCCAUUCCCUGGUGGAGAAAGCUACUGCACUAGAUAGGUCGGUGAAGGCAUUCCUAGAAUCUCCCCUCUCAGAGAAAAGUAAACACUCCAAGACUGAGGGUCACUAUGCAGUGCUGUCACUUUUGCUCAAUUUAUCAAACUCUCCAAUCAAUGCUGCAUUUCACGAGAGAGAAACAAAGCAUGAGGCAGCUGCUGAACCCAAAUUUGACUGGACUGGUUACCUACUGGAAGGUCUUGAACCUUUAAAAUCAUUCCAAGAUUCUUCUGAAGAGGAGUGGUCAGAUGAAGAAGAAGUCUCUGUUGCUGAUCAAAGUCUGACAAGAGAGGGGGCCCUUCAGGUCGAGCCUUAUCACCUCACUCCUUCAAGAGUCCCUGGAAGCAGCAAACUUUAUGGAACAGGUUGGGCAGAGCUUAGUGACAGUGUGGUGAUACAGUACUGGCAGGGGGAGCAAGACUCUACACUCCAUAGUGAUCAUGUGACACAUCACAUGACCAGGCAGUGGUGUGAAAGGGAGGUUUCUAGUGAACCAUUUAUUUCUGACAUUCCAAGAACUACCAUGACAGAAACACAGAUCAUUAGAGAAACUAUAUGGAUGCUUUUAGGAGCUGGUAGAUCGUUCCUUUAUCAGAGGAGAGAUGAUUGUCACGUAGCAAGGGACGAUGUUCAAGUAGCACAUCUCACUCCGACUUCAUUACAUGGUAUAACCAGACAGCUGGCUGAACUAGGCUCAAAGAUCCUCCAGUUGCAGUCAUUCAUUGACAGAGUGCAGUCCAAUCCAAUGAGCUACUGUACACCUCAAAAACCUUGCCACCCAUCAAUCUCCUCAGAGAAGGAACUAGAGUCACCAAAAGAAAAAGCCAAUGAAGAUCACCAGGCCGACCCAAGUCCUUCGUCGGUGACAGACACCAAGCCAGAAGAUUCAGGCAGAACUCACUCACUUCCUGAUAUCCUCAGAGAAGCCAAGGUCCAGGAUUCUGCAGUGGAAAAGCACUACAACUGCCAGACCUAUGAAGCAUUCGCUGACGGUCUCGCAACGGUUCUCCAGGAUUUCAGAAACUCACUCAUAGAGGAGGAGAAAAAGGUUGUUGCUCAAGAUGAGACCUAUACACUGUGUAUGUUCAAAGACUGGCUGAUGUCCACAUGGGGUCAAAGACUUCACCUGGCACACACCAUGUACAAACAAGGCAUAGAAGGUCCCUCUGAGGAUCUUUCAGCCCACAGGGUCCAUACGUUGCUUCAUGUUCUUCAUAUGGCCAUCAAAGAACAAUUUUGCCUUGCUUUCCAGGACAAGAAAGAGCUUGAUCUUCUGUGGCAUCUAUGGACGGUAACAGCGGGGCCUUACAUCAGCUUCAUCACUAAAUGGUUACAGCAUGGGAUCUUAUCUGACCCUGCUCAAGAGUUUGCCAUUCGCAGAAACCCGGAGAUACACAUUAAAUCAGAAAGCUACUGGAAGAAGGCAUUCAGCUUACAAACCUUACCGAGGGACGACACAGAUGGUGCUCUUCUUUCCGUGCCAGCAAAGACCAAGAGAGAGCGGAAAUCAUCAGUCAAGAAGAGCGUGCCAAACGCAGUGCCCGAGUUCCUUCAGCCUGUCCUGUCACACAUUCUGUUAGCAGGGAAGUCUAUGGAGAUCCUUGAGGCGACAGGCAAGCUGACAAGAGCCAGACAGGAUGUCGUAGGAGAGCUAUUCCAGUUAUCCAGGCCUGCAAUACUCCAUGGGAUGCUCAAGGAUACCCAGACAGGGAAGCCAGACACCACCAAGACACCUUGCCCAACCUUUGAUAACAUUCGGACGAAGUCACCUCGCUCAUCCUCAAGUGACGUUGCUGAGAUGGUUCAGAGGCAACUAUCACUCCGGGGCUUCAACGAUCCCCUGAUAGCCCAUGGAAUCAGCCAUGCUGCUUCCAAUCCUGAUAAUGCGGGACGUGGUCAGAGACAAGUUGAAGAAGGGAUAGAGAGGAACCCAAAUUUGUCGAAACCUCUGGAGUUGGUAUUAUACCGAGACCUCUACCCAGGCAUCGUUAGUCGAUGUCAAUCAGUGUGUUGUCAGUUAGCGACUGUCUUCAAAACUGACUUCAACCUCCAAGAUCAUCUGCUCUCUCUUAGACGUUUCUUUCUCCUUGAGGCCGGUGAUGUGAUGUAUGAUUUCUACUCUGAGCUGUUUGAUAAGAUACGUCGACAUGAGUCAUGGCAGGAUACACUCAACCUCAACUAUCAUUUACAAGAAACGCUGAGUGUUAGAUACCCAGAAGAAGCUGCUAGGAUAAUCGUGAGUGUAGAGCCAGAGAGACUGACAGGGAAGAUGGCUACUCAACCAAUUCAUGCACUAGACUCUCUCACCUUGCAUUAUAAGGUCCCAUGGCCAGUGGAUAUAGUUAUUCAUCACCAUGCAUUAGAUAUCUACAAUCAAGUAUUUAGGUUCCUACUCCAAGUAAAGAGAGCUCAGUAUUGCCUUCAACAACUAAGGUUUCCAGAUCUACUGAUUUCAGUGAACAUUGGACACUUGACUGAAGACAGCGACCUUGGGAGACUGGAUAGAGGUCAAGCAGAUGAGGCUCUUAAGGAGAAGCUACCUCUUAUCCAUCGUCUUUUCAUCCUGCGCUUCCGACUCAUGCACUUUGUCAAUGCUGUGCAUAACUAUCUCAUGACUAGGAUCCUCUACAGCACUGGUCUGGAGUUCUCUGCUGCUCUGGACCAAGCCUUGGACCUGGACCAGAUCCUAGCUGCUCACAAGUCCUACCUGGCCAAGAUAUCAGAGAGGUGUCUGCUUCACCACAAGGUUAGCUUCGUCAGAGAAGCCGUCUCCAAGGUCCUCAACCUUGCUGUCACCUUCCAAAGACGCUGGGAUGCAGGGGUACAUACUUUCAGCAUUGAGAACGUGGCCAAGGCUGAAGAAGAGUUCUUCAAUUGCAAUGAGUUUCUCUCUACCUUACUUGCAAACAUCAUUAGAAGAGGCACCUUUCCUCAUUUGGAGGCUCUGGCUCUAUCUCUGUCUGGUGCAAAACCCAAACACAAAUCUGGAGACCAAGAUCAGAGACACUGAGGAGACAUGAUCAGGAUUGCAGAGAGCAAGAGAUGUUAUGAUGGUGCCAACGUCAAAUCUGUCUUAAUAAUUUUUGAAAAUAACAUACCUUGGAGGACUUUUUGUUUAGACACACCAGUCAUACACCUCAAGCACUCUUAGGAAUUGAUAUACAGGUGACACUGCCUAAGCAACUCUUUGGACCAAAAAGUGUGUUUUACUUUAUUCAAAUGAGAAGAGGUAUACAGUAUAAUUUAUGUUGUGCAUGAUCUGGGACCCGUUGCAGAAAGACUUGCAUUUAAAUGCAAGCCAAAAAUCAAUUGCAAGUCCCAAAUGCGCGCUGUUGAUUGGUUGAAAAUCAAGUUGCGCAUGCUUUUUAGAGUUGCGAUUAAUUGCAACUCUUUCUGCAACAGGCCAUAAAUUGCUUCAGCUUGGGCAAAUAUACAACUUAUGGAAGCCUGACUUAUGCAAGUUUAGCUGUAUGUGCACAUUAAGUUUCAUUCCUUAUCCUCACACUAAGUCUGAAUAUGAAGACUAAUGAGAGAUAUCUGUUGAAGCAACUUUAGCCAGAUCAGCAUGCCAUUCUCGAAAACCAUAUUGGUCAGGUAUCCGAAAGCAGCAACUCAACAUUGAACAGACUUGUGUUGAGAUAUCUUACACAGGAAUACCAGAUUAACAAUAGGCCUUUAAUUGAAACAUACUGUCAUGAUUUCAAGUGCUUCAGACAUCCAUAUCAUUAGGGAGUAUUCGUAACCGCAACAUCGACGCAGAACGCUUUCAAACAUAGAGAACAUAUUGUCAAAUGACCUUCAUGACA